GCCUCGCGGCCCGCUCGAUGGUUCCCCUUCCGGGUCGCUGUCCGGCGCCAUGGCGGCGCACCUGAAGAAGCGGGUGUACGAGGAGUUCACCAAGGUGGUCCAGCAGCAGCACGAGGACCUAUCCACCAAGAAGCUGCGUCUGACCAAGCCCAGCAAAUCGGCAGCACUCCAUGUUGACCUGUGCAAAGCCACCUCGCCUGCAGAUGCCCUGCAGUACCUGCUCCAGUUUGCCAGGAAGCCCGUGGAAGUGGAGAGCGUGGAAGGGGUUGUCAGGAUCCUGCUGGAGCAUUAUUACAAGGAGAAUGAUGCCUCGGUAAGAUUGAAGAUUGCAUCCUUGCUGGGCUUGUUGUCUAAAACUGCAGGAUUUUCCCCAGACUGCAUUAUGGAUGAUGCCAUCAACACACUUCAAAAUGAGAAGUCUCACCAAGUUCUCGCUCAGCUGCUGGACACCCUGUUAGUGAUCGGCACAAAACUCCCUGAGAAUCCAUCUAUCAGGAUGAGACUGGUAGAGGUAGCCUGCAAGCAUCUGACAGAUUCUUCUCAUGGUGUAAGAAAUAAGUGUCUUCAGUUAAUUGGCUGUCUUGGACCAGUGGAAAAAGGCGUUGCAAAAGAAGCUGAAAGCCAGGCUGCCAAAGAUGUCCAGAAGAUAAUAGGAGAUCAUUUUAAUGACCAGGACCCUCGUGUUAGGACUGCAGCUAUAAAAGCCAUGCUGCAGCUUCAUGAAAGGGGAUUAAAACUACAGCAGGCUAUUUACAGUCAGGCCUGCAAGCUGUUGGCAGAUGAUUAUGAGCAAGUGCGUAGUGCAGCGGUUCAGCUAAUUUGGGUCCUCAGUCAACUUUACCCUGAAAGCAUUGUCCCAAUUCCUUCUUCUAAUGAAGAAAUUCGCUUGGUUGAUGAUGCCUUUGGAAAAAUUUGUCACAUGGUUAGUGAUGGUUCCUGGGUUGUUAGAGUACAAGCUGCUAAGUUAUUGGGUUCUAUGCAACAAGUUAGCUCCCAUUUCUUAGAGCAGACCCUUGACAAGAAGCUCAUGUCAGAUCUGAGGAGGAAGCGCACUGCGCAUGAACGAGCCAAGGAACUCUACAGCUCUGGCGAGUUUUCAAGUGGCAGAAAGUGGGGAGAUGAUGCUCCCAAAGAAGAAAUCGAUACUGGUGCUGUGAACUUGAUUGAGUCAGGAGCUUGUGGGGCUUUUGUUCAUGGCCUGGAGGAUGAGAUGUACGAGGUUCGAAUCGCUGCGGUGGAAGCCCUCUGUAUGUUGGCUCAGUCCUCACCUUCUUUUGCGGAGAAGUGCCUGGAUUUUCUGGUUGACAUGUUUAACGAUGAAAUCGAGGAGGUGAGAUUGCAGUCAAUACACACAAUGAGGAAAAUUUCCCACAAUAUCACGCUGCGGGAAGACCAGCUGGAUACUGUGUUAGCUGUCUUGGAGGAUUCUUCAAGGGACAUUCGGGAAGCACUUCAUGAACUGUUGUGUUGCACCAAUGUUUCAACUAAAGAAGGCAUCCAUCUUGCACUGGUGGAGCUCCUGAAAAACCUGACCAAGUAUCCUACAGACAGAGAAUCCAUAUGGAAAUGCUUGAAGUUCUUGGGAAGCAGGCAUCCCACCUUGGUGCUUCCAUUAGUCCCAGAGCUGCUGAGCACACAUCCAUUCUUUGACACUCCAGAACCAGACAUGGAUGACCCAGCCUAUAUUGCUGUUCUGGUUCUGAUUUUUAAUGCUGCUAAAAGUUGCCCAACAAUGCCUGCCCUGUUCUCUGAUCAUACAUUCAGACAUUACGCGUAUCUUCGGGACAGUCUCUCUCAUCUGGUCCCUCCAUUAAGAUUGCCAGGUAGAAAGCUGGUGUCCUCCCCUGUCUCUCCCAGUAUUACCCCACAUGAGGAUCCUUCCCAGCAGUUCCUACAUCAGAGUCUGGAGAGGGUUUACAACCUACAGCACCUCGACCCUCAGGGCAUACAGGAGCUGCUGGAAUUUACCAUCCGUGAUCUUCAGAGGCUUGGAGAACUGCAGUCAGAACUGGCAGGGAUGGCAGAUUUCACUGCGACUUACCUUCAGUGUCAGCUGCUCCUCAUCAAGGCCUUGCAGGAGAAGCUGUGGAACGUGGCAGCUCCUCUGUACCUGAAACAGAAUGCAUUAGCAUCUGCUGCAGCAAAACAGAUCUUGGAAGAAACCUACAAAAUGGAGUUCAUGUACAGCGGAGUGGAAAGUAGACAAGUGGUCAUUAUUCACCACAUGAGACUGCAAGCAAAGGCCUUGCAGCUUAUUGUGACUGCACGUACCACUAGAGGAGUUGAACCCCUUUUUGGGAUGUGUGAAAAAUUUCUGCAAGAAGUGGAUUCCUUCCAGAGAUGUUUCAUCUCUGAGCUCCCACAUAUGCAAGGCAGUUUUGUAGAUAAAUUGCUGGACUUAAUGCCCAGACUUGUGACGUCUAAGCCUUCAGAAGUGGUCAAGAUUCUUCAGACAACACUGCGACAAAGUACCUUCCUCCACCUUCCUCUUCCAGAGCAGCUCCAUAGAGCUACUGCAAAUAUCAUUGAGCCUACUGGUGAAUCUGAUAAUCCCCUGAGGUUUACAUCGGGGUUGGUUGUGGCACUGGAUGUUGAUGCAACUCUGGAACAUGUGCAAGAUCCCCAAGGAACUGUUAAAGUUCAGGUGUUGUAUCCAGAUGGACAAGCACAGCUAAUCCAUCCUAAACCAGCUGAUUUCCGAAAUCCUGGCCCUGGAAGGCACAGGCUGAUAACUCAGGUUUACCUCUCACACACAGCCUGGACAGAGCCAUGCCAGAUUGAAGUGAGGUUGCUACUGGCUUACAAUUCCAACACGAGCAAGGCAUCUGCUAGAAUUCCUAAAUCUACCUGGAGUGAGAGCUUGGAGACUCUCCCGCCAUCUGAAAAUGGCAUAGAGGGGACCAUACCAUUCAGCAAACCUGUCAAGGUGUAUAUAAUGCCCAAACCUGCCAGGCGGUGAAGUCUAUUGCUAAAAGAAACCUAUUUAUGGGAUUGCUGGGUUGGGUUACAAGAAAACAAGAUGCUCUGUCCAGGAGAGCAAACCAAACCAAAACAGACAUCAGAAUAAAGUUGCUGAAGAACAGUUGGUCUCCUCAGCAGCAGACAAAUACAGGAGUUAUUCAGCUAGUUAAGAGUGAUUUCAAGAAAAUGCAGGUCUUUUUACAUUGACUUAACAAAAACAGGACAGUUCUCAAUCAGCAUUGCAGUAGUAAUUUCACUGGGCUAUAUCUUCAGUUUUUAUGUAUCAAAAAUUUCUCUCCAAGGCCUGUACGUUUUCUGCUAUGUAUUUACUAUGUAAAUGCUUGGGCACAGAAAUCAAUGUUAUUUUUACAGUACUCUUAAGUGAAGCUGAGGAGUUCAGGGUUUUGUGGGGGUUUGUUCGUUUGGAUUUGGUCUUUUUUGUUUGUUUCUUUUGUGGAGGUUUUUUGUUUUGUUUUGUUUUUUUAGUGUCUAAAACUUGCAUUUGUGCACUGGUACCUAAUUUCUUAGUUAAAAAGCAUAUUCUAAAGUACUGUUGUUCUUGUGUGGGAACUGCACCUCCGAGGGAAAUUGCCAAUUGCCAUAGGCUAAAUCUGGAGCUGGUUUACAUCUUCUAUAGCUGUACUGAAGCUCGUACAGCUUUGGGGAGGGCACAGGUUGUUCAUGGUGCAGGAGGAGAAGGAACCUGUUCGUGCCAGCAGUAGAACUCCGGUCAGCAGGACAUGGAAUUUAGCUGAGUUACAGGAACAGAGCAGUUUGUUAUGGCUUUUGUUCGUUUGUGUGAAAUGGAGUCAAACAAUCUCCAUCCCUGAGGUGUAACUCAGCUCUCCUAUUGCACAUUUGUACAUCUUGAGGAACAACGUGAUCAAGUACCAGUUGGAAAAUUCCUAAUGACGUCGCACUAAGCUUUACAGGAUCUGUUUCUGUGUGGUGAUCCCGGCCUGAACCAAUACUUAGCAGGAUGAGAAAAAUCUACGUUUUUCAAUUCAGCAGUACUUUUGGCACUCAAAGGCUUUCUGAUCAGCUGAAGUAGCUGAACAUGCUCUCAAUUAAGCAGCAGUCAAGUAACUUGUCAUUGUUCCCUUCUGGAGGUGAGCUGGGACUACGGAGGAACAAGAACUUAGUUAAAACGUGAUCCAUCUGGCAUUCCUGACGGGAAGUGUGUCUGUGCAUCACUUCUGUGUGCCAGGCUUAGUGGACUGAGGAACCUCCUAUGAUUUGUAGCAAUCCUUUGGUAUGAUUUUCUAGGGAGACUUAAUGUGUGAAACAUUCUAGUGCAGCAGCCAAAUGCUACCUGUGUUCAUAAAUCAGUUGUUUUUUUGUUUUUUUUUUAAAAGAUGUAUUUUUAGCAAGUAAACAAAGCCGUGAAGAAAUACUUUCUGGUUAUGCAGAGAUUAGUGUAAAUAAUAACCCCUUAUGUGCUUUCCUGCAAUAAAAUUGGAAAACUCGUGCUA